CCCCCCCCCUCUUCCUCGAUCAUGGAUGUUGGAUGCGCGCGCACGGCUGAGAGAGAGAUCCAUCCCACCUCAUCAUGAGGCCAAAUUCGGCGUUGCCCGCUCUUCGAUAGUAAUGUAGUUGGCCCUUUUCUCCCACAUCGGACCUCUUCCUUCUCCUUUUCUCUUUGCCUGCCUGCUGCUGCCUCCUUACUGCCCGCGAUGCCUCCGCAGCCUGAGGCGAUGCGGAUACGACAUGGAAAACUCCAAAGAGAAGCUAGACUGCUGCAGCAGCAGCAGCCCGAGCCCUAUCGACCAUGAAGACUCGGCGCUGGAGACCCGAGAGGCCAUCGAGAUCGAGCCGUCGCCACCGCCGUCGCCGCCGCCCGUCGACGACGACGACACGGCUUCCAUUCCCAAUGGAGGGACAAGAGCGUGGAUACAGGUCGCCGGGACCUUUUUCAUCUUCUUCAACACUUGGGGAAUCAUCAACACGUUUGGCGCCUACCAGACGUACUACGAGUCCGGCGAGCUCUUCACCGCCUCGUCCUCGGCCAUAUCCUGGAUCGGCGCCGUGCAGUCGUCGCUGCUGCUGCUGCUCGGCAUCAUCAGCGGGCCGCUGUACGACGCCGGCUACUUCCACGCGCUCGUCUACGGCGGCGUCUUCCUCAUCAACGUCGGGCAGAUGAUGCUGAGCCUCUGCGCCGAGUACUACCAGGCGCUGCUCGCCCAGGGCUUCUGCAUCGGCGUCGGCUGCGGCAUCGCCUACGUGCCCGGCGUCGCCGUCUUGUCCGGCUACUUCACCACCAACCUGGCCAUCGCCAACGGCAUUGCCACGGCUGGGAGUGGACUAGGCGGUAUCCUCUACCCCAUCAUCUUCAACCGGCUGCUCGAUCGCAUCGGCUUCGCCUGGACCGUCCGCGCCAUCGGGCUCGUCAUGUGCGUCACCUCGGCGAUCCCGCUGCUCAUCUUCCGCCCGCGGCCCAAGCCCCCCACCAAGCGCAAGCUCGUGGACCUGAGCGCCUUCAAGGAGCCCGCCUACACGUCCUUUGUCCUCGGCGCCGCCAUGACCGCCAUCACCAUCAACAUCCCCUUCUACUACAUGCAGUACUACGCCGUCAGCACGGGCAUCGCCUCCCGCGAGCUCGGCUUCUACCUGCUGUCCAUCAUGCUCACGGGCUCCUUCUUCGGGCGCGUGCUGCCCAACCUGCUCGCCAACCGCGUCGGCCCCUUCAACAUCGUCGUCGUCUGCACCCUCAUGUCCGGGUGCCUGUGCCUCGCGCUCGUCAACAACUACAGCCUCGCCGGCGUCGUGGUCGCGGCCACGCUGUUUGGCUUCUUCUCCGGCGCGUACGUCUCCCUGCCGCCGACGUGCUACGUGCGGCUGUCGCCCACGCGGGGCGUCGUCGGCACGCGCAUGGGCAUGGGCUUCGCCAUCGCCAUGGUGGGUAACUUGAUCGGCCCUCCGCUGGCGGGGCUGAUACUCAGGCAAAAGGGCUUCAACUCGAUGUGGAUCUUCGCGGGGGUGUCGUCGAUGGUUGGGGCGUGUGGCAUGAUGGCCAGUCGGAACAUUCAAGGGAAAUGGAAGCUGCUCGCAAAGUUGUAGAGCGAUGCCGCACCGACUCUAUAUGCCAGUGGCAUUUUUGUCACGUUCAUGUAUAUAGGAUGACUGACGGCAGACCUGUACACAGUCGGCGCAUCCAUAAUCUCGUCAGCAACACAAGCCCAACAUAUGCGAAGCACACCUCGAUUCAACAUAGCUCUCAUCACAUCAGCCCCUCACGCUGUUGAGAACCUCCAUGACAUCGUCAAACUCCAUCUGUCUCUUCCCGCCGCCCCAGACGUCCGUCAUGGUCUUGUCCGCAAUCCUGCGCACCUCCUCGUCCGACACGACGCCCACGUCCCUCAGCGUCGUCGGAAGGCCGAGGCUCCUCACGAACCUCUCCACGGCGUCCGCGGCCGACGCCUCCCGCCACCCGAGCGUCUCGUUGAAGAUGGCGAGGGUCUUGGCCUGCGCGGUCUUGUAGUGCGGGUUGCUCAGGUUGGCGGCCUGCCAUCGCAGCACCGGCGCGAGCAUGACGCAGCUUGUUAUCUGGAGGGGAGGGAGGGUUAAAUUAGAAACUGG